GGGGGAUAAAUAAAUAUGUGAAAUAAAUGAAAUCAGAAAGACUUGAAGAGUCUGUGAAAUGAUGAGACAUGAACCAAAAAUUCUUUCCUUUUCACAUGUAAAACCUUGGAAACUCAUUUUAGAGCCAGUCAGUGGCUUGUUAUAACGUUCAGUCAUCGGCUGAUGCCAAUCCCAGAGGGCAGUAGGUGAGGAUGGAGCCAGCCUACCUAACAAACAAACAAAUAUAUAAAAAAAAACCACAGUGAAGGAAAAGAAAACCACAUUCGUUAAUACGUUUGGCUCGGAAUACUAGCCACACGUUGACCAUUUGACUGAUUGCACGGGUUAAUACCCAUAAAUCUGAGGCUUAUUAUUAUUCCUUCCUGAACUCUUUAAAUCUUUUUGUGGCCGAUGAGGGAAGAAAAGCAAAAAAAAAGCCAUGAGCUAAGUUCCUUCAGUCUGUAUAAAAAGGCAGAACCUUCUGUGGAUGGCGACAGAGCAGACAUCAAGAUGUUGGACGUCAGAUCGCUGCCUCUCCUGCUGCAGCACUCCAGGUCCUCGGACCGUCUGCUGCAGCCUCUCUGGGACCGUCUCCUCCUCCAACACCGGCCUCUCGUCUCGUCGCCCUUUUUCCCAGUGGUUCUUGCGUUUUCCAGUUACUUCCUCUUCAGUCUGCCGUUUACCGUUCUGGAUCUCCUGGGAGAGAAGGUUCCGCUGCUGCACCGUUUCAAGAUCCAAAAGAACAGGCAGCCAACGCUGCGAAUGAUGAGCCAGAGUUUCCUCCUGGCGUUGUCCAACCACCUCGUCUUCGUUCUCCCGGCCGUUGUCAUUAGCACCUUCAUAUUUCCGGCGGUGGAGCUGCCGCAGGACGCUCCGUCCGUCCCCGAGGUCCUGGUCGACGGCCUGGCCGUUCUCCUUCUCUUCGACACACAGUACUUCAUUUGGCACUUCAUCCAUCACAAGGACAAACGCCUCUACAGGCAGAUUCAUGCAGUGCACCACGAAACCACGGCUCCUUUCUCCUGGGCGUCGGAGCAGCUCAGCAUCCCAGAACUCAUGACCGUGGGUCUGUGGAGCCACUGGGAUCCCAUUAUUUUAAACUGUCACCCACUCACCACGUGGUGUGUCACAGUUUUCAGUAUCUGGAUGUCCGUGGAGGACCACAUAGGCUACGACCUCCCGUGGACCCUCAACCACGUAGUGCCUUUCGGUCUGUUGGGCGGUGCACCGGCCCACGACAUGCACCACCAGAGACCGAGCAGCAACUACGCUCCGUUCUUCAGACACUGGGACGUCAUCUUCGGCACCAGUGCCCACUACGAAAAAAAGGAACAUCAUUGAGACUGAAACAUAUCUGUGGCGCCUCUGGGAAUCAAACGCAGGACUCUCUGCUUCUGAGGCAGGUGUGCUAACCGUUACACUACGGAACCAACUUUACUGAAAAAAAUUGCAGAUUUUCUUUCAACCCAAUCAACGAGCCUUUGGUUUUCAAAAUAAAAGUAAGAUCACAGUCGUGUACGAACUAUUUAAACAAGCUGUAUCAUCACGGUG